AUGGAACAAGUAAAAUCGGCACUCAAACCAGUUGAAACAAUCGUUACUGAAAACACGGACGACAUCAUUGCAGGCGAUUUAGAAGACAAAAGCAAUAAACAAAAUUCAUCUGAAGCAACAAAUGGAUCGAUAUCAUCUGAAAACAAUGCAUCAGAAUCGAAAGGCACAGAUCCUGGACAAAUGAGAAUUCGUAAUAUUCCAAUGCUAGAAAAUGCUCAAGGAAUCAAACAGAGAUUUUAUCAUCAUUUACAUUUUACCGUUGUCAAAGAUCGUGAUAUAGCUAGCAAUCAUGAUUAUUAUACAUCGAUGGCUUAUACAGUUCGUGAUCAUCUUGUUGGUCAUUGGAUUCGUACAAAUCAAUAUCAUUUUAAAAAUGAUGAAAAGCGCGUCUAUUAUGUAUCUUUGGAAUUUCAUAUGGGACGAGCAUUAUCAAAUUGUAUGAUUAAUUUAGGCAUUAAGAAUACUGUCGAUGAAGCUCUUUAUCAAAUGGGUUUGAAUGCUGAAGAAUUAGAAGAACUUGAAGCAGAUGCAGCACUCGGCAAUGGCGGUCUUGGACGAUUGGCUGCUUGUUUUCUCGAUAGUAUGGCUACAUUAGGACUUUCCGGAUAUGGUUAUGGCCUUCGAUAUGAUUAUGGUAUUUUUCAACAAAAAAUUACAAAUGGCUAUCAAGAUGAAUAUCCAGAUAAUUGGUUAAGAUUUUCAAAUCCAUGGGAAAUAGCUCGACCAGAACAUCUUAUACCUAUUCGAUUCUAUGGUAAAGUUAUUAAUGAUGAAAAUGGAAAAAAGAAAUGGAUCGAUGCAGACAUUGUUCAUGCUACGCCCUAUGAUACACCCAUACCUGGUUAUAAUAAUAAUGUAGUUAAUACAUUACGUUUAUGGUCGGCAAAAGCUCUAGGUGCAUUUAAUUUUCAAUUAUUUAACUCCGGUGAUUACGUUCGUGCUGUUGCUGAAGAAAGUUUAGCAGAAAAUAUUACUCGAGUAUUAUAUCCAAAUGAUAAUUUUGAUCAAGGAAAAAUUCUUCGUUUAAAACAAGAAUAUUUUUUAGUAUCAGCAUCAUUACAAGAUAUUAUUCGACGUUUUAAAGAUUCAAAAUCAUUUUCACUUUCAAAUCAAAAAGUUGAUUUUACAUAUUUUCAUGAAAAAACAGCUAUUCAAUUAAAUGAUACACAUCCAACAUUAACUAUUGCCGAACUAAUGCGUUUAUUAAUUGAUGAAGAAAAUAUUGAAUGGAAUCAAGCAUUUGAGAUAACAAAAAAAACUAUUGCUUAUACGAAUCAUACUCUAUUAUCUGAAGCACUUGAACGAUGGUCCAUUGAAGUGAUGAAAAAACUUUUACCACGACAUUUUGAAAUUAUUACAGAUAUUAAUUUACAUCAUUUGGAUCUUGUGAGAAAAAAAUGGCCAGGUGAUGAAGAACGUGCUAAGCGUAUGUCAAUUAUUGGAGAGGAAGAACAAGUAGUCAAAAUGGCUUAUUUAUCUGUAGUCGGGUCACAUGCAGUUAAUGGUGUAGCUCAAUUACAUAGUAGUUUACUUAAAUCUACACUAUUUAAGGACUUUUAUGAGCUUAAUCCAGAAAAAUUUCAAAAUAAAACAAAUGGUGUAACACCACGUCGUUGGCUACUUUUAUGUAAUCCAGAUUUGUCUAAACUUAUUUCAAGUAAAAUUGGUGAUGAUUGGAUUACAGAUUUAUCAGAAUUAGCAAAAUUACGCGCUUAUAUUAACGAUGAACAAUUUAUUCGUGAUGUUCAGCACGCCAAACUUGAAAAUAAAAAGCAUUUAGUUAAAGUUCUUCAACAUGAUUUUAAUAUAAAAGUUAAUCCAGAUACAAUAUUUGAUGUACAAGUAAAACGUAUUCAUGAAUAUAAACGGCAAUUGCUAAAUUGUCUUCAUGUUAUUACACUAUACAAUCGUAUUAAAGAUAAUCCAAAUAUUGAUAUUGUAUCACGUACAGUUAUUUUUGGUGGAAAGGCUGCACCUGGUUAUCUACUGGCGAAAUUAAUUAUCAAGCUAAUAUGUAAUGUUGCACGUAUAGUCAGUAAUGAUUCAGCAGUUGGUGAUCGUCUGAGAGUUAUUUUUCUUGAAAAUUAUCGUGUUAGUCUUGCUGAAAAAAUUAUUCCGGCCGUUGAUUUAUCUGAACAAAUAUCAUUGGCUGGUUUGGAAGCAUCAGGUACAGGUAAUAUGAAAAUGAUGCUCAAUGGAGCAUUAACUAUUGGUACAUACGAUGGUGCAAAUGUUGAAAUAGAUGAAGAAGUUGGACGUGAUAAUAUAUUUAUAUUCGGUAUGACAGUUGAAGAAGUUGAUGCAUUACGUGAAAAAGGAUACAAAUCGAAGGAAUAUUAUGAACGUGAGCCGGAAUUAAAACGAGCAUUAGAUCAAAUACGAGAUGGAUUUUUUUCACCUGAAGAUCCGAAUCUAUUUGCUGAUAUUAUUAAAAAUCUAUUUGAACUCAAUGAUCAUUAUAUGCUGCUUGCAGAUUAUGCCGAAUAUGUGAAAGCACAAGAACGUGUUGAACAACUUUACAAAAAUCAAAUUGAAUGGACAAAAAAAUGUAUUUUAAACAUAGCUGGAUCAGGCAAAUUUUCAUCGGAUCGAACGAUUCGUGAAUAUGCUAAAGACAUUUGGAAUGUUACGCCAUUAAAACCAAAAUUACCAGGACCUCAUUAUGACCCACCAGGCAUUAAAAAUAAAAUCGAACAAGUUGAAAUGACUCAAUCGAGUAUUCGACGUGAAGAUUAUUAA